AUGCAUAAGCUAAGAUUCAACACCCCGUGUAAAGUACGACAGUGUUCUCAGUGUCAGGGGGACACAGAAUACUACUGUAACACGUGUAAACAAGACCUGUGUCUACAGUGUAAAGAGAGACAUGUUAUAGAUCUUGAAACUAUACAGCACGAUGUUGCGAUUUACCGGGAAAGAUAUGAAUACAUUCCUAAAUAUGAAACCUGUGUGAGACACCCAGACAGAAUCUGUCAUAUUUACUGUAAUUCUUGUAAGUGUCCUGUCUGUACCCGAUGCAUAGAACACAGAGAGCACGAAAUACAAGACAUUGUGUCAUCAUAUGAAACAAACCGACAACAAUACAGAGACAUUAUUCACUACAUCAGAAGCGAGACCCUCUUUAACAGUUGUGUCCUCUUGACAGAAAUCAAAACUGAUUUAAAGUCAUGUCACGCGGAAAUUUCAAACAUUCAGUCGGAUAUGUCAGCAAAAGCCCAGAUAAUAAAACAACUUUUUGACACUGUGAUUCGCGACGUUAAAAUCAGAAAUACGUGUUAUUUGAUGCAAAGAAUAAAACAACAUGAACACAGACUGUACAAAGACCUCGCAAAAAUAGAGAUCUAUGAACACAAAUCGGAGACGUUAGCAGAAAAGCCUAUAAAAUUACUCUUACUUCUAAAGAAAUCAUGUAUCCCUAAAUCAAAGGACCGUUGCUAUCUCAGACAACACACCCUGCUCUCCCUGACUGAAAAAAGUCAACAUGAAGUAUUGAAAAAGUUACUAAAAGAAAUUCAAUUUAUAGAGAGAGGACAAAGAUAUGUUAGGAAGGACAGUCUGCUUAAGUUGAUUUCUACACCUGUUUUACACAGAACUGUCAUGGUGACCGGUGUUAAAGGUGUUUUUCAUGUAUGCUUUGUAACACCAGACCAGGUCUGGAUCACUGAUUAUGACAAUUUCUUGUUGAUAAACACAAAAGGUGACAUACUUCAUCAACCUACAGACAAGAGUACGUAUUAUGGAGGAUCAAACACAGUGACAAUUACAGGCGAUCUUCUUUAUAUAGACAAGGACUAUAACAUAAACAAACUAUCUAAAGAUAAUAGAAACAAGUCUAUUUUGAUAAAGAAAACCACGAAAUGGAGACCACUCUGUGUCUACUGCUCUCCCAACAACGGAGAUUUACUGAUCGGGAUGGAUGAUACUGAUACAUACACAGCCAGGGUAGCACGAUAUAACGCCAAAGGGGUACAUUUACACACAAUACAACAUAGCAGUACAGGCCAAGAACUGUAUACCGAUCCUGUAUACAUCACAGAGAACAGCAAUGGAGAUAUUAUUGUGUCUGAUAUUGACUGUGAUGCUGUAGUGGUGACAGAGCUUGAAGGAAGAUUUCGCUUCUCAUAUACAGGACCUCCAUCUGGGUUUGGACUCCGACCAUGGGGGAUCUGUACGGACGCGCUGUCACACAUCCUGGUUAGCGAUUAUUACACCAGCACAAUACAUAUGAUUGAUAAGGACGGUAAUUUCCUGUCAUUGAUACAAAAAGACCAACCGGAAAUAGAUAGGCCAUGGGGACUCGGUUAUGAUGACACCUAUCACCUUCUUUGGGUUGGAUCAUGGAUCAGCAACAAAGUGUGUAAAUACAGACACACAGAAAGGCAAAACUAUUGA